UAGGGCUUGCAGGGAUGUUGUUUUGUGGGUUCAAUUUAAGUUUCCAUCCUUGUAGUGUGUUCAGGGUGUUGAAUUCCGGUGAUUGUUUUGUCGGAGUGCUGUGUGGGUUGGUUGCGAGGAGUUUUUGUUCAAGUGUUUGCAGUUGCUAGAUUACGUUUCAGCUCAAGAGUUUCUCAAUAUGGCGCUUCAAUGGUACUUGCUUGGAGUUGUUGCUGCUGUUGAAGCAGCUGUUCUCUUGCUGCUGACGGCACCGCUGCCGCGUGGGCUUUCUAAACAAGUGUUGGAGUUUGUGAAGAGAAUACUUCAGCCUGGUUUGGCUGUUGUGCCGUUUGCACUCUUCCAGCUGUUGGAGGUUUAUUGGAAGUACGAGAAUCGCAUCAACUGCAGCAAGCAGGAGUGCUCCCCCUUUGAAAGAGAUCGUUUCACAAGAUCGCUGUACAAGUCUCAUCGCAAUGCGCUUCUUGCGCUAAGUGCCGCUUUAUUUUAUUGGCUCUUGUUCCGCAUUGCGAAAAUGCAGCAAGAUGUGUUGCAAGCUGAGGAGCGGGUGAAGAUGCCAAAAGAGGAAUGAGAAUCUGGUGUGCAAGUUUUGUCGUAUAGCUGAAGUAUGUCCAAAUAACUGGAGGUUAAGUUCGUAAUUGCAACUUAUUGUACAAAUAUUUCAUCUCAGAAUUUGGAUGGAACAUUCUAGGAUCUAUUGUCACUCACUAUUAAUCUACUUACUACCACCAAUCACAUGGUGUAUUGAUGCUUUUUCACCUUCACAAUAGUAUUAUAGAUUUUCAUCUGCUUAUGGUCUAUCCACACGUGGAGGUUGGUAGCAGCAAAAAUAGGUCUAGAAGUGAUAUAGAAAUGUGAAUUCACUAACUUGGGUAGUAAUAAGAUUGUAUCACAGUCAGCUGGCUUGGUUUUA